AUGGCAUUAGAAGCUAUACGACGUGGAAUUCAUGUUAUGAUUACUAAACCAGCUGUAAAAACAUUGGCUGAACAUCAGCAAUUAUAUGAAGAAGCUAAAAAGAAAAAUGUACUUGUAAUGAUUGAAGUUCAUAAACGAUUUGAUCCAAUGUAUUCUGAUGCUCGAGAUCGUAUUCGAGAUGGUCUUGGUGAAUUUUCAUAUUUUUAUUCUUUUAUGUCACAACCCAAAUUUCAAUUAGAUACAUUUCGAUCAUGGGCUGGAAAAUCUUCUGAUAUAUCCUAUUAUCUUAAUAGUCAUCAUAUUGAUUUUCAUGUUUGGUCAUUAUAUGGUCGAGCUCGUCCAAUACGUGUUAUAGCAAUGGGUGCAACAGGUGUAGCUAAAUCACAAUAUGAUAUUGAUACAGAAGAUGUUAUAACUCUUUCUGUACAAUGGAUUAACUUUGAAUCCAAAACAGUAGGUACAGCUAUUUAUACAUCAUCAUGGAUUAGUGCAAAAUCUGAUACACAUACACAACAAAAAUUUCAUUAUGUUGGCCAUCAAGGAGAAAUUAAUAUUGAUCAAGCACAUCGAGGAUAUACAGUUGCAUCGGAUACAAAUGGAUAUUUAAGUAUUAAUCCAUUAUAUAUGAAAUUAGUACCAACUGAUGGUUAUUUCGCGGGACAAAAUGGUUAUGGUUAUCGAAGUUUUGAAGCAUUUAUUGAUGCUGUUACAGAUUUAAAUUCGAAGAAAGUUGAUAUGAAUACAUGUGACACUAAAUUAGCAACAAUUGGUACUACAUUCCAAGAAACGGCUGUACUUGAAGCAGGUCGUAUUAGUUUGAAUAAUCAAUGUGCAAUGGUAGAAAUCGCCUACGAAAAUGAUACAUCACUCAUUCCUAUUGAAUUAAAACUCUUAAAAUGA